AUGGCCGAAAGUGCAGACAACUCCUUGGCCUGCGGCUGCCCUGCCAAUAUCUUCUCCUUUGUAGAAGGGGUGGCCGAACGGAAGCUCUACCUCCUGUGCGCGCAGUUGUGCGUUAUGCUGGUCCUUGUCCGCCUUUGGCACAUGAUCCUCAGGCUCAUUCGCCUCCCUCAAUACAGCGCCGAGCUCCUCGCUGCCGCCGUCAUAGGUCCUUUCUUUGUGGCCCGGUUCAGCUGGGUGAAGGCAGUGCUCUUUCCCCCAGAGGGUGUGAACGCAAUGGUAGGAUUCUCAUCCACUGGUGGCCUCCUAUUUGCCUUUCUUUGUGGUCUUGAGAUGGACCCGUCGCUCAUCUGGAUCCGUGGGCAUCGAGCCUGGCUCAGCAUACUGGGCAUUGUAUCCAUUUCAGCUGCAUUGGGCACUGCCAUAUCGGACACAUUAUACAACAUGAUUGAGCCCCGGACCAACCGUGGCGAUUUCCGCUUUGCGCUGUCGCUCUUCUUCGUCCUCACAGGUUCUCCAGCAUUGGUCCGACAGGCCGCCGAGAUGAAGAUGGACACGACCAAGGUUGGGCAGCUUGGCGCCUGGAUAGCAGUGCUCAACGAUGUCGUCUGCCUCACAAUGACCGCGCUGAUGUCUGUAUUGCCUGUCAUCUCUGGGGCCUCAAUGAUGGACAACCCAUUGGAGCCCAUGAUGGCAGUGGCCUACCCGGUGCUCGCCUGUGUCUUGGUCGGCCCUUUGAUGUGCCAUGUGAUGCAAGACAGGAACAGCGACGCGCAGCUGAUGGUGGUGAUGGGGAUCAUGUUGGCAUACACGGCAAUUGGGGAGAUGGUGGGAUACAACGGCAUGGUGGCGAGCUUCAUGUUGGGGAUUAUGGUGCCUAGGGAGGACGGCGUGGCGACGUCGCUCUUGGACCGGCUGUACUACCCGGUGCGCUACGUUGCUUUUCCGAUGUAUAUGGCCUUCAUGACCCAUGUCUCAUGGGCAGGACCGAUACAGCCGAUGCCAGUUUUGCCAGCAUUCAUUAUGGCGAUCUUGUCUACAACGGCAAAGCUCGCGAUGUCUCUGGGCAUGGCAUGGGUGCACAAGACUUCACUGCAUGACGGCCUCAUCUUAGGUUUCCUCCUCAAUGUUAGGUCCUUUCCUGACUUGAUAUUUCUCGCUGUGACCGUGGAGCAAAGAAUGAUUGAUGUCCCGGUUGUGGAGGCUUUCAUGUUCAGCUCCUUCCUCAACUCGAUGAUUGCUGCCUUGGCUCUGCUUGGUAUAAUACAGGCCACCAAGAAGCCCAACCUCAUGAUCUCCACACACGCAGGAAUGGAGGAGCUGGGCGUUGGGGCUGAGUUUCACCUGCUUGUGUGCCUCCAUAACGCCAUUGAUGUGCCUUGCUCCAUCAACCUCAUUGAAUCGUGCCGUGGCUCCGGUGCCUUCUCCCUUUCCGUCAACACCAUGCACCUGAUCGAGUACAAUGAGCGCACUGCCGCACAGCUGCUGUACCGUCGGGACAUCACACACAUGCUGGUUGGGGGUGAGUCGAAGCAGAUAAGCGAUGCAUUCGAGGCCUACAGGAGCAAGGUGGCCAUCUCGAUGCGGCACAGCACCACCAUCUCCUUCUUAUUCAACAUGCAUGAGGACAUCUGCCGCAGUGCUGAUGAGGUGGCGGCCUCCAUGAUCGUUCUCCCCUAUCACAUGCUGUAUAGAGAUGACGGCAAGAUGCAGGUACGGAAUUCAGAAAUUCGGAAGCUCAAUCAGAGGGUGAUAAGCCAUGCAACAUGCCCAGUGGGCAUAAUCAUCGACCGGGGCCUCGGGGACACAUCACUGACGUCCGCUGCCCACCUGUCCCACAACCGGAAUGUGUUCGGGCUCUUUUUCGGAGGGCCAAGUGAUCGCGAGGCCAUCACUCUAGGGGGAAGGCUGUCCGAGCAUCCCGACAUCAGAUUUACACUGCUCCACUUCCUGUGUUCAAGGCAUAGCGAUGGGCUGGAGCAGUCAGGGACUCGAGUCUCUUCCAACUCGGCGAUGGUUCAGAUGCCUCAGCAGAAAUCUAAUCCAAAACUGGAUUCUUUCCCCGAAAUAGAGAAGGACCAGAUGUUUCUGAAUAGUUUUAGAAGGAAGUAUGAGAAAAAUAGUAGAGUGUUCUAUGAGGAGAGGACACUGGGAACGGAAAAAGACCUGGUUCCAGCACUGCAAGCUUUAGAUGCCGAGUGCACAUUGUUUAUCGUAGGCCAAGGACAGUCUCUAGCUCCUGCUGGGCUGGUGAGGUCCACAGAGUGCCCUGAGCUUGGUCCUGUAGGGGACCUGUUAACUCACUCAUAUUCUUCCAUUACUAGUUCAGUUUUGGUUGUAAUAAAAAGUCGCUCCCACAAGUCAUUUUCACGCUACAGCUAG